AACCAAACCCGAGUGGGCCAUCCAUCGAACGGCUGUACUGCGGGUUCCUUUUCCCUCCUCCCCAAAUCAACGGUCCAGAUCGAUCAGACAUCUGUCCGUUGCAAAAUGAUUUUCUCCCCCUCCUAUAAAUUACACUCUCCACCUUCACCCUCCCACACUCAACCCCAUCUUCUUCACUCCUCUCUCUAAUCUCGAUUCCUGCUCUCGAAUUUCCUCUCUCUCUCUCGAAAGAAAACAGAAAUGGAGGGCAAGAAGAGUAUGCUCGUUCUCGCAUUGGUGUGCGUAGUCGUCGCCGGCGUCGGUGGCCAAGCCCCGGCAGCCGCACCGACAACUACUCCAGCCACUCCCGCUGCUCCCGCCACCGCCCCCGCCGCUAGCAGCCCUAAAUCACCAGCUCCCGCAUCCUCUCCACCGGCCGCCAACCCAACCGCAGCACCGGUCGCUACUCCGCCGGCAGCAGCGGUGACUCCAGUCAGCUCCCCUCCACCAGCUGCCGUUCCCGUCAGCUCUCCGCCGCCUGCAGCAGCUACCGCUCCUCCCACACCUGCUCCCGUCGCCGCUACUACGCCUACCGCCUCCCCUCCCGCCGCCGACGUCCCCGCGCCGGCUCCCAGCAAGAAGUCCAAGAAGAAGAGCGGAUCUCCGGCUCCCUCGCCUUCAUUGUCCAGCCCUCCCGCUCCUCCAGUCGGGGCUCCCGGACCUAGCGCCGAAGCCAACGCCCCUGGCCCUGUCGUUGCCGAUGAGAGUGGAGCAGAGAGCAUGAGGAGUGUGCAGAAGAUGAUGGUCGGCGGAAUGGCCGCACUGGUUGCUAUGGCUGUUGCAUUUUAGAGCGGAGCCGAUCGAGUUUGUUUUGGUUCAAAAUAUUUCAUUCAAUUUAUUUUUAAAUCUGUGGUCAACUCUAAUCUAAUCCUCUUUCACGGAGGAUUUGGUUUACCCAACCCCGUCUCAAGUCAAAAUUCGUUCCGGACAUUUUUUUUUCACUUUGUUGGCAUUUCAAUCUCCCCCACCAUUUCUUUUGAGAGACAGGCAGAGCUUUUUGAUUUGAGUCGGGUAUGGUAAACUGGUUGUAUUUACGUAGCUUUAUUAUUUCUUUCUUUGUGUCCGUUGUACCAUUGUAAUUUGGACGCGUUUUCAUGUUCUCUAUCUAUUUAUGUAUACAUAUUUCUUAUGCUCGCCGAUUUCUGUUUUUAUAAGGUUUACAUACAUAAUAUGCUCUUUUAAUAAAUUAUUAUUAUUAUUAUUAUUAUUAUUAUUAUUAUAUAAAUAGAG